AUGGAUCCUGAAGAUGAUUAAGACAUAAUUGAUUCUAUUGUUAAUGCUCUGGAAAGUGACGAAGAAAGGUCGUUUUCUCCUUCCCAAACAAGAUCAGAUUCAAAUAGAACUUAUUCUCCAUAAAUCAAGAGAUUGACAUAACCCUAAUAUUCGAUUAAAAAAAUUUAGAGUCCUAUUAUUGGCUUUAAAUUAGAUUGUUGGACAAUUUAACCAUUCAGUCUUGAUGAUGACUCAUAUUUGGAUGGAGAUUUAAUCCUCAAAUGUAAGGAUUAAACCAAUAGCAGAAAAAUAUAAGGUUUGUUUGAAAAAGGAAGUGAUGAACAAAGAGAAUUUAUAUUUUAAAAAUUAUUACCCGGGAUUGUAACACUUGCAAAUGAUAUCUUCGGAAACUAUGUUGUUUAAAGAAUCUUGGAGUAAGGUAAUCAACAAUAGAGGGAGUUGAUUUUUGAACACCUCUCACAGUAAAUACUGGUUUUAAGUUACAAUACAUAUGGAUGCAGAGUGGCUCAGAAAUUGUUGGAGAUAUCAUACAACACUCAGAAGUUUGACUAGAUUUUCAAAUUAAUAUCAAUGCAAGUCAGGAAUUUGGUUAUUGAUACUAAUGGUAAUCAUGUGAUUUAGAAAAUUGCUGAAUUGGUUAAAUCCCAAAGGAGUGACUGGCUUAUUGAUGGUGUUUUGGGGUAGAUUCAGAAAUUAUCUAAUGACUCUCAUGGAUGCAGAUUAAUCUAACAGAUAUUGGAAGUAUCUUCUGCAUCAUAAUUGAAUGACAUUUAUAUGGAAUUAUUAUCCAUUUAGGAGGAAUUAUGCUUAUCAUAAUAUGGGAAUUAUAUCAUUUAGAUAUUGUUAUAGAGGGGGCCGACUGAUCUGAUUUAUAAAAUUUAAAAUGCAAUUAUUAAGAAUUUGGAGAAGUUGAGUUGUGAUAAGUUUGGAAGUAAUGUGGUUGAUAAAAGUGUAAAUAUUUCAGUUUAUAUGAGAAAAUAAAUCUUGAAGGUAUUCAUGCAUAACAUGAAUAUCUUUUAUAGAUUAUCUAAUAAUUGUUAUGGUAAUUAUGUAAUAUAGAAUUUCUGUAAAUAACUUGAAUAUAAUUAAUUAAUAAAAUUAUCAUAUGAUUCAAGUUAAUUUAAUACUCAAUUUGGUUAACAUGUCUAUUAAGCCUUAUAAAAAUUGAAAAAUUGA